AUUUCCCAAAAAAUUUUUUUGAUGCCUUCUGGACCAAAAAAAUCAGCUCUUUUUAUUGGUACAAACGGUUUAAGUCUACCACAUUAUAAUUCAAAGUUAUUCACCGUGAUAUAAAAGUCACAAACAUGAUUGUUCAAUAUGGUAUGGCAAUAAGACUUAAGUCAAUUUAUGUCUCUUGUACCAUAUAUUGGCGAAUAACUGCUAUGAUCUAGAAGGCAUAUGUCUUGACAUAAGCCUUGCUGAUCUUAAUGAUCUAGAAGGCAUAUGAUCUAAAAGGCAUAUGUCUUGACAUAAGCCUUGCUGAUCUUAAUGAUCUAGAAGGCAUAUGAUCUAGAAGGCAUAUGUCUUGACAUAAGCCUUGCUGAUCUUAAUGAUCUAGAAGGCAUAUGAUCUAGAAGGCAUGUGUCUUGACAUAAGCCUUGUUUAACAUAACAUAAAUGUUUUUAAAAAAAUAUUAAGUAUACAAAAAGCCUAAAAAUAAAAGUUUUGGCUAAUAAUAAAUAAUAAUAGGGACAUUAGAUAUAUUUUAAUUCCUUACAAAAUAGUUAUCUAUUUUCUAGCACAGCACUUUUUUAUUUUAGUUGUAUUGGCAAAAUCCGCAAAUAUUUUGUAUCUGAUGCAUACUUAUGUGUCAAAUUACUCAUAAACAUUCCUUAGUAUUUAUACUACAGUCGACUGUGUGCUGUGUAAGUGUUUAACUUGGCAUUUUGUAUUAUUUUGUUAAACCUGUUUUUAACAGCCUAAAUAGUUUAUUUGAACAAUAGGAGAGUUUCAGUUUAUUAAUAGUAUAUAUUUUUAAAAAUUACUAUCAAAAUGAAAAGAGUUGAAAAGAUAAUGGCACUCGUACAUCAUAGUAGUUUAAGGGGUAAGUAUUGAAAUAUUUCCUUUAAAAUUUGUUUGGCAUAAACUAAAGAUUAUUGUUUUGCAUCUACUUCGUAAGUUUUAUUGUGACAGUAAAAUAACAUAAGAAUAAUAUUCCUUUCAGAUCAAGCCGUUACUGAAAAUAACGAUGAUUCUCAGCCAUGUAAUAAUUCGAUGACCAACUAUGCAGCUAUUUCAACAGAAGAAAAUAAUAUAGAGACACAACUUGAAACAACAGCAACUGAAGUACUUAUUGAUAUUGAUAGAGCACAUUUAGCAUGUAUCACUGCUUCUGUCGACCACAUUGAAAGCUCAAAAGGUAUGCAUGACUAUUAUUGUACAACGUAUACGAGGUAUAAAAUUGCAAAUACUAAUCAUGUAAAUAUUUUAGAAAACAUUGUCAAUCCACAAGUGGAGAAAUUAGAAGCAACAGGAAUAAUAUUUGUUGACAUGGGUACCCUUCCUGCUGAGGAAUCUUCUAGUAAUUGCCAAACUGACAUUUCAAAAGGAAACAUUGUGUAUUCACAACUUGAGGAAAAAAUAACAGAAGUGAUUGAUAUUGCUAGUCUGGACGUUUAUAUUUUACCUGAAGGUGAAUUAGUAACUAAUAAUUUAGUAGACCAGACAGAUGUAGCAGAAGAUGAAUUAGUAACUAACAAUUUAGUAGACCGGACAGAUGUAGCAGAAGAUGAAUUAGUAACUAAUAAUUUAGUAGACCACACAGAUGUAGCAGAAGAUGAAUUAGUAACUAAUAAUUUACUAGACCAGACAGAUGUAGCAGAAGAUGAAUUAGUAACUAAUAAUUUAGUAGACCAGACAGAUGUAGCAGAAGAUGAAUUAGUAACUAAUAAUGUAGUAGACCAGACAGAUGUAGCAGAAGAUGAAUUAGUAACUAAUAAUUUACUAGACCAGACAGAUGUAGCAGAAGAUGAAUUAGUAACUAAUAAUUUAGUAGACCGGACAGAUGUAGCAGAAGAUGAAUUAGUAACUAAUAAUUUAGUAGACCGGACAGAUGUAGCAGAAGAUGAAUUAGUAACUAAUAAUUUAGUAGACCAGACAGAUGUAGCAGAACCUCGUGAUACAAGUACAAAUAUUAAAAAACGAAAAAGAGGAGUGGGACCUUGGGUUCGAGUUGUUCGAAAAGAAAGAACAGAUAAAAAAAAUCGUGGAGACAGUUAUGUUACUGUAACAGGAAAGCAUGUAGCUCAAAGAAUGGUAAAAGAGACAUUGAAACCAUGUAGAUCGAAAUGUGCAGAUUUCUUUACCUUUGAUGUAAGGCAGACAAUAUUUCAAGAAUAUUGGUCACUUGGGACUCACGAUAGGCGGACACAGUACAUUAGUGGCUUAGUUACGUGCAAAAAUACUAUGACAACAAGAAAAAGAAAUGAAGACUCAGCCAAAUCCAGACAAGUCACAUAUACAUACCAUUUAGAGUACAAAGGUGAACGUCGUGUUGUAUGUAAAACGUGUUUUAUGGAUAUUUUAGAUGAAAAGGAGAAAUUUGUAAGAAUUGCAUUAACUAACAAAGGUAACCACAGAUCAGGUAUUACAGAUGCAGAUAAACGAGGAAGAAAAUCACCUGGAAACAAAAAAACCGAACAUAUGAGAGAGUUAAUUAUAAAUCAUAUUAACUCAUUCCCGCAAUACGAAAGUCACUAUACUCGCAGAGACAACAUUAACAAGUAUCUUCCCAAUCAUCUUAGUUUGAAAAAAAUGUAUGAACUUUAUCGCGAGGCAGUAACUGAGCCAGUUUCUAGGACCCUAUACGAGGAACAAUUUCACAAAAUGAAAUUAAAAUUUAAAGAAAGAAAAACUGAUACGUGUCACAAAUGUGAUGUAUACAAGAUGAAACUGGAAGUUUGUGAUAAUGAGGAACAAAAACAGAUGAUUGUGGAAGAGACCAAUUCACAUCAUGAGGCAGCAGACUUAGCGUAUAACACAAAGAAAGAGGACAAAGCAAGAGCUCAGAUUGAUCCAUCCAUUAAAUGCUACACCUUUGAUUUACAGCAGUGUCUUCCAACGCCAGAUCUAGAAACCUCUGUGGCAUUUUACAAAAGGUUGUAUUGGACAUAUAACUUGACCAUUCACGAUUGCGCUACAGGCAAGGCAUCUUGUUAUUUAUGGCACGAAACUUUAGCCAAGCGUGGCGCAAACGAAAUUGCAUCGUGUCUCUAUAAAGAAAUAAUGGAUUUACCAGAUUCAGUCAAAAAAAUUAUUCUAUACUCUGACACAUGUGGAGGACAGAACAAGAACUCACACGUAGCCGCUAUGUUUACCUAUCUAUUACAACAGAAAAAUACAAUAGAAGAAAUUCACCACAAAUUUCUAAUACCCGGCCACACCAGAAUGGAAUGUGAUGCAGAUCAUUCUUUAAUAGAAAAAAAGAAAAAAAAGAGUGCUACUUUAAUAGCCCAUCCUCACGACUGGUCUACAUUAAUUAGAUGUACCAGUAAUAAAUUUAAAAUAGUAGAAAUGGAACAAAACGAAUUUUUGGACUUCGCAGAACUUUUAAAGGGUCCAUUAGUCCAAAAACACAAAAAUAACAGCGGUGAGCGUUUUUUAUGGCGUGAGUGCCAAUGGUUGAUUUAUGGCCGGAUAUUCGGUCAAUUCGAUUAUAGUACAUCACUAAAAUCUGAUACACCUUUUAAACGUAUGUCGUUAAGAAGGAGAGGUCGCGGUCACACAAUUAAUGUCACUUCUGCGUACACGGGUCCUCUUCCUAUCACAAAAGAAAAAAAGAAAGAUAUACUAGAUCUAAUUGAUUUAAUACCUCCGGUAUUCCAUCAAUUUUACAGGGAUCUUCCAAUUUCCCUAAAUAUACCGGAAAUUGAUCCGGAUCUCGAGGAAAUAGAUCCAGAGAUCUGAAAGACUUUUGGUAUAAUAAUCAUUUUUAUUUUCUAGAUCUGGUUUACUUUUUUAUUUUUAUUAAUAAUUAUUUGUUAAAAAACAUAUUCAUUUGUCAAUAUUUUGUCAGUAAAAUAUUUAAUGCUGUUUUGGUUUUAAUUACCAAUCCAUUUUAAUCACUUUCAAUGGUAGAUACACAAAAAUAUAGAUAUAGAAAAGUCGCGGUCAGUAGGUCUUAAGUCAGUAAAUAGUAAGAUCUAUAUGUCUUAAGUGCAUUUAAAAUAUUAAAAAUCUACGAAAAUCGUCUUCUGGCUAUAAUUAUCAUUUUAUUAUGGUAAAUUGAAUGGUACUGUUGUACUAAAUUGGUUAAAGGUAACAUGUGCGAUUUAUAACAAUUUUUGAAACAUUCAAGUAUUCCCCCUGUAAACUUUGAUUUUAUGACUUAAGCCCUUUUUCCCAAACAUCAGAG